AAAAUUUGUUUCCGAAACGAGAAAGGAAGACAAAUUUAAAAGAACCACCAAUUGCCAAUUCUUUCACGGUUUCAUUCUGUCUCCCGCCCCAUUUCCCUUUCCCCUUUUAUUCAAUUCUCAGAAAAGGCAUACAAAAUUGGAGGGCUACGAAUUGCGUAUGUGCCCGAUUAUUUGAUCAAAUCUAGGGGUUUUAGUUGGUGAUCGUUUUAAGCGGGAAGAAGAAUGGGGCAAAGUUCAAAGAAGAAGAAGAAGAAGAGUGGAGUAGGGCGGCGCAAAAAGGGAAGAACUUCAUCCAAAGAUCACAAUUCCAUUGGUGAAGAUAAUUCUGAGUUGGUGGCCGAAGAGCUCACUGCAUUGUGUGCCAUAUUUCAAGAAGAUUGUGAAGUUAUUUCAAAGUCACCUUCACAGAUUCAUAUUAAGCUCAGGCCAUACUCUAAAGAUGCUGGCUAUGAAGAUUCAGACGUGUCAGCUCUUCUUUCAGUGAGGUAUUUGCCUGGCUAUCCGUACAAGUGCCCAAAGCUUCAGAUAAUACCAGAAAAAGGUUUAUCCAAGGCUGAUGCUAGCAACCUUUUAUCAUUGCUUUAUGAUCAGGCCAGUUCCAAUGCUCGAGAAGGUCGUGUAAUGAUCUACAGUGUGGUAGAAGCUGCUCAAGAAUUCUUGUCUGAAAUUGUUCCACAGGAGUGUCUACAUGGAGCUGUUUCAUGCCAGACGAUGGAUAUUACCAGCCAAUUGGCGUAUAAUGCAACAGUUUCAUCCAGUGACACCUGUUCUUUUGGUGGACUAUUUGUAUAUGGCUUUGUUGAUCUUUUUAGUGGCUCAGGUGAGUCGUGGCAUUGGAGCCUGGGAAUAAAUGAUAAUGGUCGGAUAGACUCUUUGGUGGAGUCCCACGUAUCAGUGGGUCUCAACCAUGAAUAUGACAAUCAGCAGAAGAAAAUUAACCAAAUUGUGAAGCCAGCAUUGCAUCAAGCAGCUAAGCAAGAAUCUUUGCGUAAAGCUGAAAAUAAAUUAGAUGCUCUUGAAGAAGAGAGUGAAGGCGAAAGUAAAAGUUCUAGUGAUUUGAGUAAAAGUUAUACGGAUGAAUCAAUUGAAGACCAUGUCAUGUGCAAGAAUAUUUUUCUGGAAGGGAAUCUAUCAAACUCUGGUGAUGCUCAGCAGGAAACUGAACCUGAACCUUCAGAACUGGUGUCCUCUGGAUCUCUGGUUCAUGACGAUUUACCCAGCACCCUAGAAAAAGACCUCAUUCUGGCACACUUGCUUCGGCUCGCCUGUGGCCCUAAAGGACCGCUAUCUGAUGCUUUGCCAGAAAUAACAUCAGAGCUCUUUGACCUUGGGAUUGUCUCCAAACGUGUACAAGAUCUGGCAACCAAACCUUCAAUCUUUGAUGGGGCUUUUGAUAGUGCUUUUCAAGCACAUAAGGUGUCAUCAAAGCUCUCACAAUUUUGGAAAGCUUCAUCGGAAUUCGAAGUGCAAAAUUCUUCACCUCCUCAAAACUCUCGAUAUUUAAAUGACUUUGAGGAGCUCCAACCCCUAGGUCAGGGCGGGUUUGGUCACGUUGUGCUCUGCAAGAAUAAGCUUGAUGGGAGGCAAUAUGCCAUGAAGAAGAUUCGAUUAAAGGACAAGAUUCUGCCUUUAAAUGACCGUAUAUUGAGAGAAGUCGCUACACUUUCCCGGUUGCAGCAUCAACACGUUGUUCGUUAUUACCAGGCAUGGUAUGAAACAGGCAUCACUGUCUCCUGCGAUGAUUCCAGCUGCGGUUCCAGAACAGUUGUGAGCUCUAGUUUCACCUUUGUGGAUGGGAGUAUGUCGAACCAGCUUGGACAGGAGAAUAAGCUCGAGUCGACUUACCUAUAUAUCCAAAUGGAAUACUGCCCAAGGACACUCCGUCAAAUGUUUGAAUCAUAUAGUCAUUUAGACAAGGAACUUGCAUGGCAUUUAUUCCGGCAAAUUGUGGAAGGCUUGACACAUAUCCAUGGACAAGGCAUUAUUCAUCGGGACUUGACACCUAAUAAUAUAUUUUUUGAUGCUCGCAAUGACAUUAAAAUUGGGGAUUUUGGCCUUGCCAAAUUCUUGAAACUAGAGCAGCUGGAUCAAGAUGUGGAUGCCUCUGAGAUAAUAGAAGUCUCUGUUGAUGGCACUGGCCAAGUUGGUACAUAUUUCUAUACUGCACCUGAAAUAGAGCAAAGGUGGCCAAAGAUUAAUGAGAAGGCGGAUAUGUACAGCUUAGGAGUUGUUUUCUUUGAGUUGUGGCAUCCUUUUGACACUGCAAUGGAGCGACAUAUUGUUCUAUCUGAUUUAAAACAAAAAGGAGAGGUUCCUCCUGCUUGGGCUGCGGAAUAUCCAGAACAGUCAUCCUUGUUGAGGCGCUUAAUGUCCCCUAGUCCAUCAGAUCGUCCAUCAGCUGUUGAACUUCUUCAAAAUGCCUUUCCUCCACGAAUGGAGUAUGAGAUGUUGGAUAAUAUUCUUAGGACAAUUCACGCUUCAGAUGAUACUGGUGCUUAUGAAAAAGUUGUAAAUGCCAUUUUCAAUGAAGACACUUUUAACACAAAAGGCCAUAACACAAAUCUUGAAAGUUUGAAGGUAGAUGGAAGGGAUACCUCAUGUAUUUUGUUCACUGAUCUACAGACUGAGAGCCGUGAUCAUGUCGUUGAGAUUGCCACAGAAGUCUUCAGACGACAUUGUGCAAAGCAUUUGGAGAUUAUACCCGUGCGAAUGCUGGGUGAAUGUCCACAGCCAAAUAGUCGAGAAAGGAACGCUGUUAAGCUUUUGACUCAUGGAGGGGACAUGGUUGAGCUUUGCCAUGAACUUAGACUACCUUUCGUGAAGUGGAUCGUUGCCACUCGGAGAUCAUUCUUUAAACGCUACGAAAUAGCAUAUGUGUACAGGCGAGCGAUAGGUCAUUCACCCCCAAACCGAUAUCUGCAGGGGGAUUUUGAUAUUAUUGGAGGAGAAAUUGCUCUAACUGAAGCAGAGAUAAUUAAGGCUACGAUGGACAUUAUCCUUCAUUACUUUAAUUUUGAAUCAUGUGAUGUUCAUUUGAAUCAUGCGGAUCUCUUGGACGCAAUUUGGUCUUGGGUGGGAAUCAGACCAGAACACAGACAAAAAGUUGCAGAGCUUCUUUCCCUUUUGGGUUCUUUGCGCCCUCAAUCUUCUGAAAGAAAGACGAAAUGGGUGGUCAUCAGGCGACAACUUCGACAGGAACUUAAUCUUGCAGAAACUGCUGUAAAUAGAUUACAAACUGUGGGGUUGAGGUUCUGUGGAGUUGCAGACCAGGCUCUUCCUCGAUUAAGGGGAGCUCUUCCUCCUGAUAAAACCACGCACAAGGCACUUGAAGAUUUGUCGCAACUUUUUAACUACUUACGCGUUUGGAGACUUGAUCAGCGUGUCUAUGUGGAUGCCCUUAUGCCACCAACUGAGAGUUACCACAGGAACUUGUUUUUCCAGAGUGGAUGAAUUAAAAAGCAAGACAAAGAUGCAACAACAGAUAGCAGGCGAAGAAAAUGUGUGUGCUCAUGUACAAAGGCUAGUCUAUAACUAAGGAACUGACACAUUCCGAAAAAGGCUUUUUUGAAGAGACCCAGACGAAAUUUCCCCUGAAGGGGCUUCCUAGCAAUUGAGCCACGCCCAAUUGGCUUACUAUGUAGCCCAGGGCGCCGCCUGGUGCGGUGCAGCACGCCUUUUGGGCAGUUGUCUCAAGGCUUGCUGCCCCCCUCGCCUCAUUGUGCUACCGAGACACCCAGGGCGCAGCCCGGGGCGUUGUCGUAGUGCAAUUUUAUGCCUCAGGUGAGAUUUUCUCCCCUUUAACUCCCAAAUCACAUACGUAUAAUCCUGGUUUGAUUUCUAACUUAUUUUAGAGCACUUUAAACUCGAUUACGAGGCUUCAAUACCUAAUCGGAUUAUUUAAGUGGAAUUUAAGACGCGAGGUGUAACAAUAUCUCUUACUUGGAAACCUUCGUCCUUGAAUGAAGUUUAUAGACUCAUGGAAAGCUCUACAUGCAAGAAAUAGAGGAUGCGACUUUGCUAUAGAACUUUCUUAUGGUUCCUAGGUACUACAAUACAUGAGAGCUCCAUAACAACCCACAAAGAACAGGUAUAAGCACGAAUCAUAAAAAUGUGGCUGUGUAAGGUUGAGAUACCUCACCUGUGAACUUUUAGCCCCACAAAAGAUGAGGGGAGUCACCAACAUAAAGUAAAUGAGAAAAUGCUACUGUACUUCCUACUUAAUUCCCAACCCUAAAUCCAUUAAUCUAGUGAAGUUGGUUGUCCUUAUUUAGCAUACUGUUGUGGCCUUCCAUAGCAAGAAUAAACAGAAAUGAUGAUUGAGAAUUGCCUUGCCUGUGUCCUUUCUGUGGUGAGAAAAAUGAUCAGGUCCACCAUUGAUCAAAAUAGAAUACUUUAAUGGUUAUACAUUAUGAGAAAAUUUGGCUAAUAGGCCUCUUCACGUCUCCAAUUAACAAAAUGGCCUACUAUCAUUUUCUCAUUUUAAAAUAAAAUUCAAAAAUUACUUUAAUAACAAAUUGGUGUAUAAUAAUAUGCUCCCUCUGUUUCAAAAAGAAUUACCUACUUUCCUUUUUAGUUCAUU